CGCGUUACUCACCUAUACAUCUACGCUGCAUAAUCUGCUAUAGAAGGCAGGUACCCAGGUUUGCUCAUCUGCCUUGUCCAACUUGUGCGCAACAAACGUACAGUAUCUCAAGCAUCUAUCCUGUUUAGGGCGCGAUCGUUGGACACACAAGAUGCGAGAGUAAUACCACUAAGUAAGUGCUCGGCCAUGGGAGAGUAACCGGUACAUUCGACUUCGGGGAGAACUUAAUAGGGCCAUCGAUACUCAAAACUUGAGCAUUAGACCAUUUAUCUCACAAGACGCCCAUUCUCCCUCCCGCUUCCGUUCAGAUCUAGUCCUGGUCAUCUAGUUGUCUCAUUUAUGUGUCUCAACUCCCUCGCACACUAGAACGCCUUACCUCUCCUCCAUAAGCUUUUCUAACCCAAGCUCCUAAAUAUCUCCAUCUCAAGUUUUCUCCUUUCAUCGAAAAAUAUGAUGUUCCUCAAGUAUUUUAUCAGCUCCCUCGGACUCACCUCCUUGCCCGUACUAGCCACCCCGGCCUUUUUGCCCCAGGUCGAUUCUCGUGAUGAAAAUGAUGUCGUUCACUCGCUCUCCCUCCCCGGCUUUCAAUUCCGCCGUGUGAAACCGAUGGUGACGACGACGACCACCGAUGUCGUCGAGAAGAAGAGGAAGGUCCAGAACCACCUAAGCCUGACACGCGUGUCUCGCGGCAGCAGCGCAGGAGCGGGAGGUAGGUCGCUGCGCUCUGCUGCUGCCUUGUUCGGCCAAGUCCAGCGAAGCAAAGGCGGCACCGGAUACGAAAACGUGACCUCUGUCAACUACUACGCCGUCGAGUACUCGGUGAAACUGAUUUUUAACGGGAUCCCCAUGAACGUCAUAAUCGAUUCGGGGUCAGCCGAUACCUGGGUUAGAGGGUCCAGCUUCACCUGCAAACGGAGUCUCAACGGGUCUGUCCCGGUGGAAGACUGUGGGCUGGGUCCUUCCUUUUGCGGUAACUUCACGGGAGAGCCGAUACCCAACCAGCACUUCUCCAUCGAGUAUGGAGACGGUGAAGAGGUUCAAGGUUUGUUGGGAUUCAUGGACGUUGAACUCGCGGGCGUAACCGUCCCCCAUCAAGAAAUAGCCAUUGCAAGUCAAGGGGCUUGGCACGGCAAUAAUGUCACGUCAGGCAUAUUGGGGCUCGCAUACCCGUCUCUAACCAACGCCUACUCGGGCAAUGAUCUCGACGGUCCGGGUGAUGAGUCUAUUCUCUACUCACCUGUUUUCACCUCGAUGGUUACCAAUGGAUUGGUUGAGCCGUACUUUGCUAUCGCUAUAUCUAGGAACUCAUCUCUUGGAUCCAUCAGCGUCGGUGGAAUGCCACCCGUGGAUCUCAAAAACAGCAAAUAUGACUCCACCCCUAUUCUAGUGGCGGACAUCAUCGACCGCGCCAGCACCAACUACCAGCCAUCUUUCUACACGAUCGUGCCGAAAGGCUUCAGGUUCGGCGGAGCAACCGUCAAGGGCGGGUAUCCUUUCGUCGUAGACACGGCGACAUCGCUGACCUACCUGCCACCUGACCUAGCCGAAGAAGUAAACGCACAGUUCGACCCGCCCGCAACAUACGUAUGGUACUACAACGCCUACUUCACCGAGUGCAACGCCGUGCCCCCGCGGUUCGGGGUCCAGAUCGAAGACACGACGUUCUGGGUCAAUCCCAAGGACAUGCUGAGCCAGGAUGAGCGAGAUCCAGAGACCGGCCUGUGCCAGACGGGGAUUGCGAGUGGAGGCGAUGGACCUUAUAUACUGGGCGUCACGUUCCUGACGAACGUCGUGGUGUCGAUGAAUAUCGGGUCCGGACUGGUGGAGUUUUGGAGCCAUCAGUAUUAUUAGGAAGUGAUGAUGAUGAUGAUGAUGAUAAAAAAAGUCGUUUGCUUAAAAGGUGGUGAGGUGGUGGUUGUGAGGGAGGGAGAAUGGCAUGGUUUCCUUGAUUUGGCCUUCGUUGGUAGAUGAUUUACAUUAGCACAGGAUAUCGAAGCAACCUUAUGAGAUGCUUUUUUUUUAAUGCUAGCUUGAUAAAAGUAAAAGUUACAAGCUGUCUAACUUUAUACUAACAAAGGUUUAGAGUAAGAAUGCAACCUUAGAUUAAUUUCAGAUGGUAGUAGACAUUCAGGGGAGGGGGGAAAUUCGGAUCGGAACAGCGCUUAGCAUCUAAAGAAUCCGCAACGUUGUGAAAGUUGAACAGGUAUACAUACUUUUAUAUAUACAAAAAUAGGAGAAAAAAAAAACCGAAAUAAAGGGGAAUAAGAAAUAAAGGAAUGAAAAAG